AUGCCGUUUGAUAUAAAGGAUCUUGUAAAAGGCUCUAUUAAUAGAGAAAUGAGAACCAGAUGUGAAGAAACAACAUUGCCUUCCCCAUCUAGGAGUUCUAAUGAGUGGAAUGAAGGUAGAGGAAUGGCUGUAAAGUUUAAGGAGAGUCACCGGCUUUCUUAUGACGAGAGGGAGAUGAGAAACAACGGAUACAAGACGGGCUCGAAGUUGAAAGAAACACCUAGGUUGUCCUUGGACAGUAGAUCAAGUCCUGCACCACAAGAACCUGUAAUAGUGAGUCACAGGAGAUCGACUUCGAGUGUUGUUGCUAAACUGAUGGGUCUUGAAGUCAUUGCAGACAAUUUUGAAACCGAGCAGAGAAAAGAGAACCUGUUUUGUGACUCCCCAAGGCCACCAUCACGAGUAGAACCAACAGCUCUACAGAUAUCAAGAAGCGUUGAUUCGAUCAAGAAGAUAGCUGCAUCUAAGUCUCCAAUGGAACCAGCUCCAUGGAAGCAAAUGAAAGCAGGCGAGAACGCACCGACGGUUUAUGGAGAGAUUCGGAAGAGGCUUACGCAGUUGGAGUUUAAAAAGGCUGGAAAAGAUCUCAGAGCUCUUAAGCAAAGUCUUGAGGCUAUGGAGAAGACGCAGCCCUUGCAGAAAAGUCACCAGCCAGUUCCAGCCAUGAACGUCAAAUCUACGUCGAUUGUUGUAAUGAAACCAGCAGCUCCAGUUUCUACUUGUUCGCUGCAACAGAAAGCAGCCUUGCCAACUGUCAACGUUAGCAACACCAAACAAACUCGAAAAGUCACCUCGGGGAAGCAAAACGCGAUGGAUUUAACCCCUAGGCCAGGUUGCAAGGGCCAACACGAUUCAACUAAGAGCACUAGCCCAAAAACAUUAAGGUCGAGGCAAGCUUUGGUGGUGGAGUCAGGUAAGAGCCAACAGCAAAGCGUUAGCCCAAGAAUGCAGCCCAAAAAGCUCGGGCUUGAGAGGCAGGCGCGACCAACUACUUCAAAUUCAGAGCCAGGCAAGAUGCAAAGGCAGCAACAGGAAUCAGUCUCACCGAGAAGAAAACAAGGGAUAAAACUUGGCAGUAGUCUUCAACAACCUGAUGACCGAGUAAGCAAUGCGAGCAGUGACUUGAGAAGUUUAACAUCUGAUAGCAACAUAAGCUUGGGAUCGAAUGUUGACAUCGAGGUUACAAGCAAACAUCGGCUAGAGAGAAACUGUGACUUCCCAGAGCUGCACACCCCAACAAAAAAGAAUCCAGACUUUGGAACCAGACAAGACAGAUCAUCUCUUAAGCCUCUGAAAAUUACAGUUAGCCCUGUUUCAGUUCUUGAUGCAGCAGCAUUCGACGAAGAAGAUUCACCGUCCCCUGUGAGGAAGAUGUCCCUUAGUUUUAAAGAGGACGAUGCUCUACGUUCUGAAGAAUCUAUGUGGAUGAUUAAGCCUACCAGCGUCUGCAGAUCCAUACUAUUGCCUGAGAAUAAGGGUCCAACACAACCAGACUCUGAUCUCCUCGAAUGCUUCCCUGAUGAAGAUGCAAACUUCAAAAGUGGCGACCACAGGUACAUCUCGGAGAUAUUGUUGGCAUCAGGGCUUCUACGAGAUCUUGAAUACAACAAGAUAAGCAUCCAGCUGAACCAAGCUCGUGUCCCUAUCAGCCCUGGACUGUUCUUCGUCCUGGAAGAGAACAAGGCUAGCAAUAUGACUCUACUAGACAACAAACACAGAGACAGAAGAUUCAGACAACAGCAGACCGAUUUGUCAGAGAAAAUCAGGAGAAGACUCAUCUUCGAUACAGUAAACGAAAUUCUAGCUCAGAGGUUCACUGCAGAAGGCUGUACCAAACCACGGUUUACCACAAAUCCAGUUACAACAAUGGAGACAAGAUCAAAAGGGGAGCAACUUCUGCAGACUCUGUGUUCGGAGAUUGAUAGGUUACAAGAGAACAAAUCAAAGUGUAUCUUGGAGGAUGAUGAGGAAGACAUCAUAUGGGAGGAACUGCAAAGUCAAGGCAUGAAUUUGAAGGAGUUUGAAGGUGAGAAUCCAGGAAUGGUGUUAGAUAUUGAGAGAAUGAUUUUCAGAGACUUGGUUAGUGAAGUUUGCUUCUGUUAA